AAAAAUAUUUUUACACUGCAAAGAAAUAAAUACUUGUCAAGAUAAUUUAUGUCGACAGGUAAUCAUAAGAAAGAGAGCCACAUUCUUCUAAAAGAGACAGGUGCCACAGAAAUAAAAAGAUCUAAAGAGUUUGCAAAAUGGAGUUGCGUACUGGCAAUGAAUGAUUAAACUAGUUCACAGGAAAUACAAGGAAAUUUUCAGAUAUUUCACUGCAUUUGCACAGUUAGAUGUCAGUGCAUUCUGUGCAUUAUCUUAAGGACAAAUAUUACUAGGAAUUUUCGAGGUACUUUUAUCAUUUUGUCACUGACUAGCCAGAAAUCAAUAUGAUGCGAAAGAGGAAAGUCCUCAUGGUUUGCUUAGGGAAUAGCUGUCGCUCCCCUAUGGCAGAAGCGGUGUUCCAGGAUCAGGUGCGAAAGAUGGAUUCGACCGAUCUCUGGGAGGUCGAAAGCGCCGCUAUUCUGGACUAUCACGUAGGCAAUGGUCCUGAACCCAGGGCGGUGUCCACACUUCGGAAAGCCGGAAUUACGGAUUAUUCUCAUAUCGCCAGACAAAUCACCCCCAAUGAUUUUUACAAAUUCGACUGGAUAUUCGGAAUGGACGAGUAUAAUAUCCACUUACUGUACGAGAUGCAACCGAAGGAUAGUCAAGCGAAGAUAGAGCUACUUGGGAAAUACGAUCCAACUGGAAUGACCGUCAUAAGAGAUCCUUUGUUCGAUGCUGGUAGUGCCGGAUUUGAGAAAGCGUUUCAGCAAGCUCUGAGAAGCGUACGUGCAUUUUUGGAAAUUAAUAAGGAUAAUACGCUUGAUAAGCCACAAUAAAAAUGUUAAAAUUUCUAUUUCACAGAAAUGUUGAGAAAAAUAAUGAUGAAUCAGAGAUUUUAUUUAAUUUUUUUAUGUAUUCUCAGCAGCUUUAUCUACCGCAAAGUAUUUACAAAAAUAAAUACUUAUUUAUGAAAUAAAAAA